CUAGGUACUUACACUCUGUAACAUUUUGUAGGGACACUGUUGUGACCUUACUUCCUAGGUACUUACACUCUGUAACAUUUUGUAGGGACACUGUUGUGACCUUACUUCCUAGGUACCUACACACUGUAACAUUUUGUAAGGACACUGUUGUGACCUUACUUCCUAGGUACUUACACACUGUAACAUUUUGUAGGGACACUGUUGUGACCUUACUUCCUUGGUACUUACACACUGUAACAUUUUGUAGGGACACUGUUGUGACCUUACUUCCUAGGUACCAACACACUGUAACAUUUUGUAGGGGAUGUUUUUUGAGUGAUUGUGCUCUCCACUUUUUUUUCCCUAACAUCCUGUGUUUUCCUGGUUUUGAUCUUAGGCUGUGUAAUGGUUGUUUUAGCCAGUCUACAUGCAUGGUCAUAAUGAACAAAACCUACUUAAAAUUAAAUAUUCAAUAAAAUCAAAUCAAUGCUUACACUCUUACAAAGCAAACAUGGC